AUGGCCGACAUUCCAGCGGAAGGGAAACUGACUAGGUUUCUGGACUUCACCCAGCUGAUCGACCUGGCCUCUGAGAAUGUGGGAGGAAAGGUUAUAUUUUCAACAGACGACUUUUUUGCGCCUGCAGAAAAUCUCAUAAAGAGUGACAGCCCAAGCUUUAAGGAACAUGAAUACACUGAAUUUGGUAAAUGGAUGGAUGGAUGGGAGACCAGAAGGAAGCGGAUUCCAGGUCACGACUGGUGCAUCAUCCAGCUGGGGAUAGAGGGCAUUAUCCGUGGCAUCGAUGUGGACAUCUCUUUCUUCUCAGGAAACUAUGCUCCUCGCAUGUCAAUUCAAGCAACAAACUUGGAGGAAAAGAAACUUCCAGAAAUCCCACAGAGAGGAGUCAGGACAGGAGCUGCAGCGACACCUGAGGAGUUUGAAGCUAUUGCUGAGUUGAAAUCUGAUGCCUGGGAUUACCUGGUUCCCAUGUCAGAGCUGAAGCCUGGAAACCCUCAUUCCAGCCACAACUAUUUUCUUGUCAAUUCUCAGCAGAGAUGGACUCAUAUAAGACUCAACAUUUUCCCAGAUGGUGGUAUCGCACGCCUUAGAGUUUAUGGCACUGGACAGAGGGACUGGGCUGCAAUGGACUCCUCAGAGCCUGUAGAUUUGGUGGCCAUCGCAUCUGGGGGUGUUUGUGUGGGAUUUAGUAAUGCACAUUUUGGACACCCAAAUAAUAUAAUAGGUGUUGGCAAGCCCAAGUCCAUGGCAGAUGGCUGGGAAACUGCAAGAAGGCUGGACAGGCCCCCAGUGUUACAAAAUGAUGAGAAUGGCAUCCUCCAGGUCCCAGGCUGUGAGUGGGCACUGUUCCGACUGGCACAUCCUGGAGUCAUAACUCAAAUUGAAAUUGAUACCAAAUACUUUAAAGGUAAUUCUCCUGACAGCUGCAAAGUGGAUGGGUGCAUCUUGACUACUCAGGAAGAGGAAGAUAUGAUCAAGCAUAAGUGGAUUCUGCCGGCCCAUAAGUGGAAGCCACUGCUUCCCACUACCAAGCUAUCUCCCAACCAAAAUCAUUUGUUGGACAGUCUAACCUUGGAGCUGCAAGAUGUCAUCACGCAUGCGAGACUCACCAUCAUUCCUGAUGGGGGUGUGAGCCGCCUCCGGCUAAAGGGCUUCCCCAGCUCCAUCUGCUUGCUACGGCCCCGGGAGAAGCCCAUGCUGAAGUUCUCGGUUAAGACAGGCUUCAAGACGAACCUUUAA